AUGCUGGGCACUGAUUUUCAUAACCAGCAUGAAGUCCACCCACUAGAAAACGAUACUGCGUCGCAGUAUCAAUCACACUUUAUUGAACGAGAUAGUCUUUUUAUCAUUAUGUCUUGGCAAGGCAAUAAUCGUGUAGCAACACCACCAGAACUCAAUUUCACUCUCAAAACAGAGAGUGACUUUAAUAACCAACCACAUGACUGGCCAAGAAAUGAGAUUCAGUCACAACUACCGACAGAUAUUCUGCUAAUAACAGCAAAUAUUCAUGAAUCGAGUGCUUGUUAUUCAUAUAUGAAACCUGUUCGACAAUGGUAUUGUAAAAAGCUACGUAGAUGUGUAUAUUUUGGUCAAUUUGGCGAUAAUGAUGAUCAGAAUGUGAAAGUUGCAUUGAUGAAAUGUGAACUGGGAUAUAAUGAGGGUAAGUUAGCUAUGAAAAAUGCUGCUGAAAUUUUAAAGCCAAAAAUAGCCCUUUUUGUCGGUACUUGUGCAAGCAAGGAACCGGAGAAGGUAAAAUAUUGA